GUGUCUCUAGUUGUCAAUGUUGCAAGUGAGUGUGGGUAUACAGAUAGCCACUACAAGGCCCUACAGCAGCUGCAGAGAGACCUGGGCCCGUAUCAUUUCAACGUGCUGGCCUUCCCCUGCAAUCAGUUUGGGCAGCAAGAACCUGACACGAACAAAGAGAUCGAGAGUUUUGCGCGGAAGACUUACGGUGCCUCCUUUCCUAUGUUCAGCAAAACUGCAGUCAGCGGAGCUGGUGCAAUCCCUGCCUUCAAGUACUUAAUUGAUUCCACAGGAGAAGAACCAACCUGGAACUUUUGGAAAUACCUGGUGGGCCCCAAUGGGAAAGUAGUAAAGGCCUGGGACUCUACUGUCUCUGUUGAAGAAAUAAGACCUUAUGUUACAGAUCUUGUAAGGAAAAUCAUCCUGAAGAAGAAAGAUGAAUUAUGACUUUCAAAAAUCCCAGCAUGCCAGUUACAUCUUUAUUGAGAGUUAGAGCUGGAGUUUGUCUUUUCACAUUCCAAAGGAGUAUAUGGGGAAGGGAAAUCAUGGCCAGUGGAAUCUAAAUUCAUAAUCUUAAGAAUGUAGAAAAUAGCAACUUAUCGUGGUCAAAGUAGAUUCAAUUUUUUCCUCCAUCUGAAUUCAGUUUGACCUUUCUAGGAAAGAAGAACUCAUCAGCAAUUGUUUGUU